GGGCUCUGCUGAGUUGCUCUUGCUUUCGAGAGCACUGCAGCUUGGGUGAGAGUGAGAUUGGCUUUAAAAGUCAAACAUCAUGGCGAGAUUUAGUUCGCUGGUGAUAGCCACGUGGUUGGUGCUGAUUGCUUACGUGUCAGUGUCAGCUGAUCUUGCGGUGGGUGCGCCGGGCAACAGUCUGUUGGAUCCUUCUUCGUUCUCGUACGACGUCGGGGCAGCCGGAGAGUCGUUGUUGGACGCGAUCCCGACGGAGGAUGAGGAGAAAAACGUCGAGCGUUCGGGACAUCGUGUGACAGCCUCUGAAUGGGCUAGUCUUCUUGUGACUCGCUGGUCUGCUAUUCCCUCCGUUGGGGGGAGAGAUAGUCUCUUGCCGAAGCGUCUCCUCAAUGCCUUGCUAUGGAAAGCUAUAGAUCAGGUGUGGGAGAAUCUUCAGGAGAACGAGACUACAACUUUUCUCGUCCGCUAUCAUCUCGAACUUGGCGAUGAGGCAUUGCGAGUAAUUAAGAACGUGACGGGAACGGGACAUGGAGGCAGUGGAGGGGGAUGCGGAGGAGGGGCCACGAGUGGGCAGUUCCCAAUGCUAACGGAGCUAUCUGGUUGUUGUGUGGGAUACGGUCAUUGGUUCUUAACGACGACCAAGUGCAAUGCUCGGAAGAUGAAAUUGCGAAGUGACAUCUUUCCUGCCGUGGAAGGUCUUCCUCCUCAAGUGAAGGUGGAUCCAGCAUUUCUUGGCAAGAUGCUUGAUGCCAUAACCAAUGGUCAGAAGCCUGAGGACAUCGUGCCAGAGCCUGUCACGCUCCAAGUAACCAUCGCCGAAGGAGUCGCUCCUACCCCCAAUCUCUAUAAUGGCUUGGCGUACAGCAUCCACAAGCAACUACCGGUAAGUUCGCUUGCACCAUUCCCACCUGAGAUCGAAUCUCGUCCUUCCGCCUUUCUACAUAAUUCCCUGAAUUUCCUUCAUGCAUCGAGUUUGGGAUUUCCAACGUGCGUGUAGAAAUGUCAACUUCGACGAUCAAUGUGCCUCUCUUUCUUCUUCGUCGUCUCCCAUCUCUCUCUCUCUCUCUCUCUCUCUCUCUCUCUCUCUCUCUCUCUCUCUCUCUCUCUCUCUCUCUCUCU